AGCAAUUGGUUGUAGGAUAAGCCUAGCAAGCUGACUAGAUAGUUUAUAGAUUACCCCGCCAUUUUUCUGGUCUCGUUUCGUUCUUUCAAGGUCUUGAGAAUUGUGGCUUUUUUGUUAUUAAUACGGCUGUUUCAGUCUUUCUUUCCCUCUCUUUACCUUCUUUCUGUGGAUGAAUGCUUUUUACCUGCAUAUUGUCUAGUACUUCCCAACUUCCGAAGAUCCAGAGCACGACGAGAUCUUGGACCUUGAAGGGAUUUAACAAGGAUUUGGCUUUGAGAUACUACGCAAAAGUCAAUGCAAACAUGGCGACGGGUAAGACGGAGAAGAUCACGAACUGGGUGGCGCCGGGGGAUAAAUCGGGGGAGUUUAAGAGGGGACAGAGUCAGUUUCGGAAUUUUGUUAGGAGGGGAGGGGAGUUUGAACCGGAGGGGGGAAGGUAUCAUUUAUUUGUAUGGGUUCUUUCUUUUUCCCUCCUCUAUUGUUUAUGCUGCCCCUCCUGGCCUUCUUUCCUGCAAGAUCGAGGAGCUGAGGAUUGCAAAAUAUGGAUUGACUAACACCACCAACCCAGGUCUCCUACGCCUGUCCCUGGGCCCAUCGAACCCUCAUCGUACGCCAGCUCAAAGGCCUCCAAGAUAUCAUCCCGUAUACGAGUGUACAUUGGCACAUGCAAGAGAAAGGAUGGCGGUUUGCAACGGAGGGGGAUCGUGAUGCGCCGGGCGAGUUUGUGAGGGGUGAUCCGGUGGAGGGUCAUGAGGGGUAUACGCAUAUUCGGGAUGUGUAUUUUGGGGUGGAUAAGGAGUAUCAGGGACGCUUUACGGUGCCGUGUUUGUUUGAUACGAAAAAGGGGCGGAUUGUUAGUAAUGAGAGUUCGGAGAUUAUUAGGAUGUUUUAUGAGGAGGUUUGUUGAUUCUUUCUUUUUCUUUCUUCACCCCUCUCUCGACUUAUCUAUGGGUUUUGUGGUUUUGUACUUUGACUAACGGAGCGGCAUAGUUUGACGACCUCAUCGAGCCGAAAUAUAGAGAUGUCAAACUUCUGCCCAAGGAAUUUGAGGGCGAGAUUGAUAAGGCGAAUGAGUGGAUUUAUAAUGAUAUUAAUAAUGGGGUUUAUAAGUCGGGGUUUGCUACUACGGAGGAGGCUUAUACGAAAGCUGUCCAGACGCUUUUUGGGAGUCUGGAUAGGGUUGAGAAACAUCUGGAGGGAAUGAGUGGGAAGGGAUCGUACUGGUUUGGAGAGGAGAUUACGGAGGUUGAGUGA